AUGGCAAAAAAACGGGGGUAUCUUUUUAAAUCGGGUGUAAUAAUAGAGGUACAUCUGUUUAUAAUUCUUAGCAAAAUCUAUGGCAUUGGUAAAACUCUUCCCCCGGCUCCAGUAGAAACUGAUACCGCAGCACGGAGUGAAGCUUUUGUUGAAAAACCUAUGGAGGUUGGAGAACCAUAUAGGGUCUAUUCAGAUGUGCCAGCACCUGCUAACCAAGGGAGUUUACGCAUUGAGUCUCCAACUGAACAUGUAGGAGAACCAUCUAGGGUCUUCUCAGAUGUACAUGCACCUGCUAACCAGGGGAGUUUACGCAUUGAGUCUCCAACUGAACAUGUUAGAGUAUCGUCUACGGUUUCAGAUGUGCUCGAACUUGUAUUGAGGGAGUUUUUCUCAUCAAGAAAAUUUAUUGGAAUGCAUACUAAAAAACUGAUUGCAGGCUCGAGCAGUGCUGCACCUUUCUGUAAACUUAACUGGGAAGGCUACCCAACUUGCCUAUCCCAUUCACCUCAAUUUGCAAGGAAGAUGGCAAUCCGUGGUGGUUCUGAGCGUGUUUUUGAGAUAGGACCUGUUUUCAAGGAGGACUCUAUAAGCAAACAGUUGUGUGAAUAUACUGGUGUUGAUGUUUAUUAA